AUGUCGGAUGAUACUGAAAUAAUAAUCAUGCAAAUCCUUCCGUCAAGGGGAUUGAAAUUCGUUGUUCACGUUACUGCAUUCCAGAUAGGACGAAGAGGUCUUCAACAAGAUGCCCCCAUACUUGGUCGAAGAAAUUCGCACGAAAAUGUAACGAAACUACAAAACAAAGACACUCCCAUAAUAUCUAAUGGUACAAAACUUUCUUAUACAACUAUACCCGAUUAUUCUACAAAUGAAGAAUGGGAAUCAACUCAGUAUGACGUAACGCACAAAACUGGGCUCGAUCAAACACAUAAUGCAACUGAGAAUGAAGAGCUAGGAUACAGAAAUAAUCAGAAUGGUUCUAGUUUGAGUUCACAAGAUAUUAUCAAUUUGGUUACAGUUUCAUAUCAUAGAGAGCAAAUGCCUAAUAGGACAACAAAUCUUCAGGCAGAAAUCCCAGACGAUGCAAAUUCAUCUCACGUUGAGAACUUUUAUUCUGUAGAAAUUAACUCGAUUUUGAGAACUACCUAUCUAACAUCUAAGAAUGAAGAAGUGCCAGUAAAUGAUGCUAGUCAAAAUUCAGCUUCAAAGAUGCAACUAGGAAUAUCAACUGAGCUAGAUGAUUUCAAAUCUACUAGUGAAUACAGCAGUUAUAAGCUCGAAGAAGCGAAAACUGAAUUUCCAAUAACCGCUGAAAGUUCUAACGGUGAAUCUGGAAUAUUUAAUGGAGCAUUGAAGAAUGAGGAAUUGAAGUCAGCUAUAACAAAUGUAAAUCAGUCUUCAGAAGAGCCGAAUGUACUCGCUUCGGAAAUUAGUAAUGGAACAGCUGAGAAUAAAAUAGAGUCAGUUGGUAAAUUAAAUAGCACAAGUGAGAUUAGAGAUCAAAAACAGUUGCCUAGAAUGUCAACCAAGUUAGACGACCUGAAAUCUACGACUAGAUACAGCAGUUACCUCAAAGAAACGAGGGAUAAAAAUGCAAUAAGUACUAAAAGUUUUAAUGGCGAAUUAGAAAUGUUAAAUGGAACAUUGAAGAAUGAAGAAUCUAUGCCAGUUACUGCAGUAGUAAAGCAGCCUUCGGAAGAACAGAACGUACUUGCUGCAAAAGUUAGUAAUGGAACAUCUGAGGUGGAGUCAAUUAGUGAAUUCUUUAACGCAACUCACAUUAGAACUCCAGAUAAGUUGCUUGGAAUGUCAACCGAGUUAGAAUUCUUGAAUUUUACGAGUGGAUACAGCAGUUCUCUCGAAGAACCGAGGAAUAAAAUUGCAAUAAGUACUGAAAGUUCUAAUGCCGCAUUUGGGAUGAAGAAUGAAGAAUCCAUGUCAGCUUCUGCAGUUGUGAAGCAGCCAACAAAGGAACUGAACAUACUCAAUUCUCCAGUUAGUAAUGGAGCAUCUGAGCUUGAAAUGGAGUCAAGUAGCAAAUUAAAAAACUCAAGUCAGAUUGUUGCCUCUGUUGUUACUCCAGAAAAGUUGCCUGGAAUGUUAACUGAGUCAAACAAUUUGAAAUCUACAAACAGAUACAGUAACUAUGAACUUGAAGAGACGAAUACUGAAUUUGCUACAAAUACUGAACGUUCUAGUUAUGAAUUCAGAAUGCUAGAUGGAAAGUCACAGGAAAAAGGAUCCAGAUACAGCAACUAUAUAUCCGAAAAAAAUCAAACUCAGCUUGAAACAACUGCUGAAAGUCCUUUUGAUGAAAUUGGAAUGUUAAAUAAAACUUUGGAAAAUGAAGGAUCGACGUCAACUACUGGAUCUCAAGUAACAACAAAUCAGCUGAAAACGAAAUACUCUAACCAUGUAGCAUCUGCCAUUACAAACGAAUCACAGUACAUGCGAAACAGCAUGAAUACAAGUAGAGAAAACUUAAAAAAUGCUGACGACUUGAUCUACAGAAGCAGUGAAGAGUUAGAGUCGAAUUUUGAACAAAGAGUGCUUGUAAAUACUGAAAAGGAAAUUGAUUACUUCAAUGCUACCAAUGAAAGCGAGAAGAAUUUUCCUAUGAAUGUCACAGCAGACGACAUAUUGCCAGAAUUAAUGUUUGACAAUAAAACUGAUCACCUCUCCAGAAAUGUUUCAGAAGAUGUUCAAACGCAACCCUUCAUUUUGCUGCAAGACUGGAGCACUGAUGGAGUUGUUUUGGAGGAAGUGCAAAGUAAAAGUACCCCUCUCAGAGAAGGUGUUACAGGAAGGAAGAAAAAACGCCCAAAACAAGGAACAGAAGUGGAUUACAUGGGAAAAGAGAAUAUAGAAGAUGUCAAUCCAUCACAAAGUGAACAUUUACACAUGCUGAGAACGUUCCCGUCCCAGGAAAUGCAACUGUCAAAGUUUUCAGAGCAACACAACAGUAACGAGCAGCAACACAGAGCUUACAAUUCUGACAUUUCUGCGGUAAAACCAAUGUCUUGUGACAUUGCUCUUCAAGAGAAAGAGCAGAUAGAAGAGAAAAGUUACGAAACUCCAAACAUGAGAAAUAGUGAAAAUAUUCAGUCUUUUGAAAGAAAAGAAGAUGCCAUGUCAGAAGCGGAAAAACUUGAGUUUUUGGAUCGUUCUAAGACAGAUUCCCGCCUUAAUAUGACAAGCGAAAUUGAGCUACUUCUGCGAGUAAUUAAAAAUAGAAAUAUAAGUCUGGAAAAACUCAAUCAAUAUCUUUUGUUGUCAGAUGCUGAUAGAUCGUCAGUACGAAAGCAGAAUACUAAUGCGUUUGUAGAAAAGUCAGAUACAAUUGACAACGGUUCGAGAACAGAAAAUACCGAACAUGAAAGUGUAUCUUUAAACUCACGAGAAAAAGAUGUUUCAAAGGAUUUCUCCAAAGGAAAUGUAUCACUUUUUCAAGAAAAUCAAACCUCGGGAUCAAAAAAAGUUGCUGUUGAUAUUCCUUCAGAACUGCAAGAGUCAACUGCGGAAAGAGUGACGCAAAGUAUAAGAGGGUUUACGAUGAAUUUUCAAUAUCGAAACCACCAGGAAAUAUUAAAUGAGCCGAGUGAAGUUACAAAUAAAAAAUCCAUUGAAGCUUUUGCAUCAAACAUAGAAGGGAACAGUUCAGAACUGAUGAAUACUCAAACGUUUACAUCUUUUGUAAAUAAUGUGGUAACUGACUCUAUGGUCAUAAAUAACGAUCAGGUAUAUCUGAAUGAAAGGCAAACAUCAAUAACUCCACUUCCAGAAAGUAACAGAAAGUUUCACAAAGACCGUACACAGACUGAAAUCAUUGAUGACGAAACGGAAAUACCUGGAAAACAAAGAGAAAAUGUUUGGACGACGUUUGUAAAUAACAAGCCUUAUACCGUAAGUUAUGAUCUGGGGACAAAAAGACCAGAACACCGAUCAAAUAACCAACAACAUUUAGAAAUUCGAAAACCGGCUGCUUCUAGCGAUGCAGUUUUUACAGAGAAAAUUCAAAAAUUAAAUCCAGAUAAUUCAAGAACUGAACCUGUACAUGAUAUAAAAAUAGAAUCACAAGAAGAAGCAAGUUUUGAAGGUGCAGUGUCCAACCACUCGGAUGAAGAUUCCAAACUAGUAAAACACAACAUGGAAUUUUUACACAGAAAUGCACAAUCCAAAAACUAUAACCACUUUGAAAUUUCCACAUCGGUUCCUACCCAAGAUAAAUUUUUCAGUCCAAAUUCUUUCCUCUCAACAAAAAAUGCAGAGGCAAUGGAUUUAAAGACAAUUUCCGAUUCAAAGAUAUCAAAAUCAAAGGAGGAUUUCGAAGUCGGAGAUAAAAUUCAAGAACCGUAUGCAAAAACACUGAACACAAAGCUUAACACCGAGUCAGAAGAUAAUACACAGAUUCAAGUUCCUACUAAACAUUUAAUGCAGGAAAAUUCCAAUGAAUCAAAUAAAAGUCGGGGAUUAGAUGUUAGAAAUGACUACAGUUUGGUAGAAUCAGAUCGUGAUGUGAAACAUGAUGACUUUAAUUCUGAAAUGCGAACUGCAAAAGAAAAUCAAAGAAACGAAGGAACUGAAAUGAUUUUAAAAUCUGAUCUAUCGCUUGAAACUGAGAGCGAGAAUACUCGAAAAAUAAUCCUGAAAUCUGAUGGCAUGGAAAAGGGGGAAUUAAAAGCUAAAAUACAAAACACAGUAAUAAUAAAUUCUACACCUGAUACUAGACUGGAUAUAAAUACGACUCAAAGCCAAAUGAAAACAAACGACUUUUUAUUAUCAAGAUCUUCACCUAAUCAAAGAAGUGGAUUAAGUAAAGAUUCAGUAAUUGAAAACUAUUCGAAGGAGAAUGAAAAAGAAGUCUCUGACGAGAACAUCUACUCAGCGGAAAAGAUAGAAAGUAAUGCUGCAGAAAUGGACAACGUAUCUCUUAGCAUUAAUAGCAAAAGCAGCUCAAAGAUAAAAAAGGAGAAUUACCGAAAUAAUCAGGUUAAUCAUCAUAAAAAUACAGAUAAUGAAGAGAAAACAACUACUUACGGACAAUUUUCAGACUUAAGCAUUAACUACAAGCAAAACGAUGCAAAAUUUGAUGUGGCAUCAAUAGGCGAUACCGAAGAAGAAAGAAAAGACUUGUUUAAGAGCUGUAGAUGUAUCGAAGAUUAUGAAGAAAAAGAAAUUGUAUUCAGAAAAGAAAUAAAAGAUCUUGAGGCAAAGUUGUAUUAUUUGGAAAAAGAAAAAGAUGAGCUGGUGCCAGAAAAAGAAAGGGCAUUCGAAAUAGAAGCAGAAAGAGAGAAAAGCCUUUUGAAUUCUAGAAUAAAACAGCUAGAAAAAGAAUUAGCAUUAAAAGAAGCAAGUGAAGAAGAAAUUAAACUGAAGUUACUAGAAACAUUAAAGGCAAUGCAAAAGCUUGAAGAAAAUUUUGAAAUUUUAAAUGAGAGACUGAAGGAAGAGCUUGGGAAAAACAAAAAAACUGUAAAAAACAGACUUUAUUUUGCCAAGGAUUUAAAAGAAAAAGAUGAUGUGAUAAAAGAAUUGGAAGAAAAUAUGUACAUUCUGAAGAAAAAAAUGGAAGAAAUGGAAACAGAAAUAGAUUCUUAUAAACUGAAAAUAUCAACACACCAAACAAAAAUUAGAGCUCUGCAAGAAUCACAUGACAGCACUCAGGGGUAUUUUAGGCAACAUCUUAAAAACUACACCGCAUUGAAUGCUGAAAAAGAAAAACUGGAUUUAUUACUCAAAAAAAAAGAUGAAGACAUGAGAACUCUAAAUGGAAAGUUAGUGAAUAUCAUAAAUGAAAAAGAAGCAUCCUUGCAGAAGCUACUCUUUGUUGAGAAUCAGAGACAAGCUUUGGAUUCAAAGUGUAAUUCUCUAAAAGCUCAGUCAUCUAAAUUAGAGAAAGAGAUAUUGAAAUUAAGAAAAGAACAGUCUCUUCAUCAAUCAGAAGUUUCCAACUUAGUGCGAGAAAAAGAGCUAUUGGCUAAAAAUGUUAUGAAGAUGGAAGAGUUAACUGAGAAGUAUAAAAAUGAGUUCAAAAUCAAUGAAAAUGAGAGAGUGACUCUACACAAAGAAGUGAAAAAUUUACAGAUGCAAGUUGAAAAGCAGAAUAAAGUUAUUAGUGUCUUGGAGUCGAUGAAAUCUCAGUUGCUUAAGGACAUAGGAGACUUAACCAAGAAGAUUGAGAAAAUGAAUGAUGAUAUUUGUAAAUAUGAAGACCAAGAAAAAGAUAUGAAAAUAAAGAUUGCUGUUUUAAAUAACAAACUUUCACAGCAAUUGGAUGUAGCAGAUGCUGCAAUAUUAGACAGAAAAAUUUAUUGCCAGCAAUACAAAGAAGCAAAGGAAAAUCAAGAUCUCUUGAAAGAAAAGAGUGAUAUAUUAACUAAUUAUGUGGAUGAAUUAAAGGAAUCAUUAGACCAAUGCAAUGAUGAAGUAAAUGAUUGGAAGAACAGGUGGAAAAGUUUAGAUUUAUCUCAGAAGAAAUUGCUGACAAAAUUAACCAAAGAAGGGCAGAAGUAUGCUUCACUCAAAGGUGAAAAUCAUUGCAUGGAGCAGAAAGCUCAUUUUUACUUGCAGUCGAUUGCUGCACAAGAAAAGGAUAUAGAAACUUUGACUGUAAAAAUGAAUGAAGAUUUGAUGAUGCUGAGAUCACAGUUACAGCUUCAGCAGCGGACUAAUAAGGAGCUAGAAGAUAAAUUAAGGCAAUUUGAAGUUCUGCUCAAGAAUGAAAAAGAACAAUACGCUACUUUGGAAAAUGGAACAAAAGUGUUGCAUCUGGAAAUGCUGAGGCUGACCAGUGAAAAAAAUGCCUUAAUCUGUAAAGUGAAUGAUUUGGAAAAAUUGAAACAGAGUUUUACGUAUGCGAAAAAAGAACUGCAUAAGGAAAGAUUUAAAAAUUCUGCUUUAGAAGAAGCAAUGCAUCAACCUAGGAAUAUUCAUCGAUGGAGGAUGCUUAAAGGCACAGAUCCAGAAAAGUACAAAUUGAUAGAAAAUUACCAAGCAGUUCAAAAACAGCUUCUUAAAAAAGCUAUUGAAGGCCAGAAAAAGGAUGAGAAAUUAUCAAGCAUGACCAGAAUCGUUGAUCAGCUAAAAAAUAUAACAUCUCGUCAUAAAUACUUUGAAACCAAAUGCAUGCAGCAGAUAAAUCAGAAAGAGUUAUUAAGAGAAAAGGACGAUAAAAUCAAGGCUUUGACAUUUGAUGUAAAUAUGUAUGAAUCAUACAUAUCCAAAUAUCAAUCAGAAAUUGCGUCAUUGAAAGAAGAACUGAAGAAACUAAAAAUGAAUAAUUUUUUUAAGCAGAAGAAGAUAUCACCAAGCAGGAAUUUGGUUACUGCAUUCCAGAUAGGACGAAGAGGUCUUCAACAAGAUGCCCCCAUACUUGGUCGAAGAAAUUCGCACGAAAAUGUAACGAAACUACAAAACAAAGACACUCCCAUAAUAUCUAAUGGUACAAAACUUUCUUAUACAACUAUACCCGAUUAUUCUACAAAUGAAGAAUGGGAAUCAACUCAGUAUGACGUAACGCACAAAACUGGGCUCGAUCAAACACAUAAUGCAACUGAAAAUGAAGAGCUAGGAUACAGAAAUAAUCAGAAUGGUUCUAGUUUGAGUUCACAAGAUAUUAUCAAUUUGGUUACAGUUUCAUAUCAUAGAGAGCAAAUGCCUAAUAGGACAACAAAUCUUCAGGCAGAAAUCCCAGACGAUGCAAAUUCAUCUCACGUUGAGAACUUUUAUUCUGUAGAAAUUAACUCGAUUUUGAGAACUACCUAUCUAACAUCUAAGAAUGAAGAAGUGCCAGUAAAUGAUGCUAGUCAAAAUGCAGCUUCAAAGAUGCAACUAGGAAUAUCAACUGAGCUAGAUGAUUUCAAAUCUACUAGUGGAUACAGCAGUUAUAAGCUCGAAGAAGCGAAAACUGAAUUUCCAAUAACCGCUGAAAGUUCUAACGGUGAAUCUGGAAUAUUUAAUGGAGCAUUGAAGAAUGAGGAAUUGAAGUCAGCUAUAACAAAUGUAAAUCAGUCUUCAGAAGAGCCGAAUGUACUCGCUUUGGAAAUUAGUAAUGGAACAGCUGAGAAUAAAAUAGAGUCAGUUGGUAAAUUAAAUAGCACAAGUGAGAUUAGAGAUCAAAAACAGUUGCCUAGAAUGUCAACCAAGUUAGACGACCUGAAAUCUACGACUAGAUACAGAAGUUACCUCAAAGAAACGAGGGAUAAAAAUGCAAUAAGUACUAAAAGUUUUAAUGGCGAAUUAGAAAUGUUAAAUGGAACAUUGAAGAAUGAAGAAUCUAUGCCAGUUACUGCAGUAGUAAAGCAGCCUUCGGAAGAACAGAACGUACUUGCUACAAAAGUUAGUAAUGGAACAUCUGAGGUGGAGUCAAUUAGUGAAUUCUAUAACGCAACUCACAUUAGAACUCCAGAUAAGUUGCUUGGAAUGUCAACCGAGUUAGAAUUCUUGAAUUUCACGAGUGGAUACAGCAGUUCUCUCGAAGAACCGAGGAAUAAAAUUGCAAUAAGUACUGAAAGUUCUAAUGCCGCAUUUGGGAUGAAGAAUGAAGAAUCCAUGUCAGCUUCUGCAGUUGUGAAGCAGCCAACAAAGGAACUGAACAUACUCAAUUCUCCAGUUAGUAAUGGAGCAUCUGAGCUUGAAAUGGAGUCAAGUAGCAAAUUAAAAAACUCAAGUCAGAUUGUUGCCUCUGUUGUUACUCCAGAAAAGUUGCCUGGAAUGUUAACUGAGUCAAACAAUUUGAAAUCUACAAACAGAUACAGUAACUAUGAACUUGAAGAGACGAAUACUGAAUUUGCUACAAAUACUGAACGUUCUAGUUAUGAAUUCAGAAUGCUAAAUGGAAAGUCACAGGAAAAAGGAUCCAGAUACAGCAACUAUGUAUCCGAAAAAAAUCAAACUCAGCUUGAAACAACUGCUGAAAGUCCUUCUGAUGAAAUUGGAAUGUUAAAUAAAACUUUGGAAAAUGAAGGAUCGACGUCAACUACUGGAUCUCAAGUAACAACAAAUCAGCUGAAAACGAAAUGCUCUAACCAUGUAGCAUCUGCCAUUACAAACGAAUCACAGUACAUGCGAAACAGCAUGAAUACAAGUAGAGAAAACUUAAAAAAUGCUGACGACUUGAUCUACAGAAGCAGUGAAGAGUUAGAGUCGAAUUUUGAACAAAGAGUGCUUGUAAAUACUGAAAAGGAAAUUGAUUACUUCAAUGCUACCAAUGAAAGCGAGAAGAAUUUUCCUAUGAAUGUCACAGCAGACGACAUAUUGCCAGAAUUAAUGUUUGACAAAAAAACUGAUCACCUCUCCAGAAAUGUUUCAGAAGAUGUUCAAACGCAACCCUUCAUUUUGCUGCAAGACUGGAGCACUGAUGGAGUUGUUUUGGAGGAAGUGCAAAGUAAAAGUACCCCUCUCAGAGAAGGUGUUACAGGAAGGAAGAGUAAUUUCCCAUUUAGUGUGGAAAGCUCUAGUGGUGCAACGACACCAGAAAUUCAUAUUUUAGGUGUGCAAAGUUUUGCAACAGUUAGUAAGGAUAAUAGUUUAAAUAGCACAGGUUCCAUUAGUAAAUCAAUACUUUUCUCAAGUAUGCCAUUUUCAAUGGAAAUAGAUAAAGCUACAAAACUGAGCGCUCAAAAUCAUGUGUUAGCAACGACUGAAAGCAUUCAUGAAAGACACGAUAAAAAUUCAACACUAGAAAUUCCAGGGUCAGAAGAUAAUGCUAUGACUCAGACGGAAAAUAUAAAUUCUUCAUCAGAAGCAGGAAGCAUACUCAAAGGAAAUGGAUAUGAAUUUUCAAGCAAUGAAAAGCAGCAAACUGAAUCUAACAUGCUCCACAAAUUUAGCUUUUCGAAUCACACUAAAACUUUAAAAACUCAAACUGAUACUUCUGUUGAAACCGGACAUGAAUUUUUAGCUAUAAGUGAAUUUAUGAAUGAAUCUGCUACAACGGACUCUAAAGUAAUCGAAACCGAAAGUCUUUUAAACCAGAGGAGGAAAAAUAGUUCGACAAAAGAAUCAGGAAGGGAAUCACCAGUUGAAAUACAUGCAGUUGAUAAAAGCAGUGUUAAGACUAGCAGUUGGCUUAAAGCUGCACCCACUGCAACCAGGUAUAAUAAUCAAAAAGAAAAUACAACAUUUGUCGAAAGUGAAAAAGACAGACUCGUUCACACUGCAACUGAAAAGAUUGACUCCAUCAUUUUUAGGAAAAAUUCAGAAAAAGAAGAAAAUCCAAGGAGUACAAAAAUGAUAUUUAGAAAUAUUGCAACAAAAGAAAAGGAGUAUGAAAGUGAUGUUGUUUCACGUUUAAAAUGUGUAAUAUUUGAAGAUAAAAUCGCAACUACCAGCAACAUUACUGAUGUUUUAUUGAAAGUUAGAAUUGAGUUACCUAUUGAUGACGAAAAACGCCCAAAACAAGGAAAAGAAGUGGAUUACAUGGGAAAAGAGAAUAUAGAAGAUGUCAAUCCAUCACAAAGUGAACAUUUACACAUGCUGAGAACGUUCCCGUCCCAGGAAAUGCAACUGUCAAAGUUUUCAGAGCAACACAACAGUAACGAGCAGCAACACAGAGCUUACAAUUCUGACAUUUCUGCGGUAAAACCAAUGUCUUGUGACAUUGCUCUUCAAGAGAAAGAGCAGAUAGAAGAGAAAAGUUACGAAACUCCAAACAUGAGAAAUAGUGAAAAUAUUCAGUCUUUUGAAAGAAAAGAAGAUGCCAUGUCAGAAGCGGAAAAACUUGAGUUUUUGGAUCGUUCUAAGACAGAUUCCCGCCUUAAUAUGACAAGCGAAAUUGAGCUACUUCUGCGAGUAAUUAAAAAUAGAAAUAUAAGUCUGGAAAAACUCAAUCAAUAUCUUUUGUUGUCAGAUGCUGAUAGAUCGUCAGAACGAAAGCAGAAUACUAAUGCGUUUGUAGAAAAGUCAGAUACAAUUGACAACGGUUCGAGAACAGAAAAUACCGAACAUGAAAGUGUAUCUUUAAACUCACGAGAAAAAGAUGUUUCAAAGGAUUUCACCAAAGGAAAUGUAUCACUUUUUCAAGAAAAUCAAACCUCGGGAUCAAAAAAAGUUGCUAUUGAUAUUCCUUCAGAACUGCAAGAGUCAACUGCGGAAAGAGUGACGCAAAGUAUAAGAGGGUUUACGAUGAAUUUUCAAUAUCGAAACCACCAGGAAAUAUUAAAUGAGCCGAGUGAAGUUACAAAUAAAAAAUCCAUUGAAGCUUUUGCAUCAAACAUAGAAGGGAACAGUUCAGAACUGAUGAAUACUCAAACGUUUACAUCUUUUGUAAAUAAUGUGGUAACUGACUCUAUGGUCAUAAAUAACGAUCAGGUAUAUCUGAAUGAAAGGCAAACAUCAAUAACUCCACUUCCAGAAAGUAACAAAAAGUUUCACAAAGACCGUACACAGACUGAAAUCAUUGAUGACGAAACGGAAAUACCUGGAAAACAAAGAGAAAAUGUUUGGACGACGUUUGUAAAUAACAAGCCUUAUACCGUAAGUUAUGAUCUGGGGACAAAAAGACCAGAACACCGAUCAAAUAACCAACAACAUUUAGAAAUUCGAAAACCGACUGCUUCUAGCGAUGCAGUUUUUACAGAGAAAAUUCAAAAAUUAAAUCCAGAUAAUUCAAGUACUGAACCUGUACAUGAUAUAAAAAUAGAAUCACAAGAAGAAGCAAGUUUUGAAGUUGCAGUGUCCAACCACUCGGAUGAAGAUUUCAAACUAGUGAAACACAACAUGGAAUUUUUACACAGAAAUGCACAAUCCAAAAACUAUAACCACUUUGAAAUUUCCACAUCGGUUCCUACCCAAGAUAAAUUUUUCAGUCCAAAUUCUUUCCUCUCAACAAAAAAUGCAGAGGCAAUGGAUUUAAAGACAAUUUCCGAUUCAAAGAUAUCAAAAUCAAAGGAGGAUUUCGAAGUCGGAGAUAAAAUUCAAGAACCGUAUGCAAAAACACUGAACACAAAGCUUAACACCGAGUCAGAAGAUAAUACACAGAUUGAAGUUCCUACUAAACAUUUAAUGCAGGAAAAUUCCAAUGAAUCAAAUAAAAGUCGGGGAUUAGAUGUUAGAAAUGACUACAGUUUGGUAGAAUCAGAUCGUGAUGUGAAACAUGAUGACUUUAAUUCUGAAAUGCGAACUGCAAAAGAAAAUCAAAGAAACGAAGGAACUGAAAUGAUUUUAAAAUCUGAUCUAUCGCUUGAAACUGAGAGCGAGAAUACUCGAAAAAUAAUCCUGAAAUCUGAUGGCAUGGAAAAGGGGGAAUUAAAAGCUAAAAUACAAAACACAGUAAUAAUAAAUUCUACACCUGAUACUAGACUGGAUAUAAAUACGACUCAAAGCCAAAUGAAAACAAACGACUUUUUAUUAUCAAGAUCUUCACCUAAUCAAAGAAGUGGAUUAAGUAAAGAUUCAGUAAUUGAAAAUUAUUCGAAGGAGAAUGAAAAAGAAGUCUCUGACGAGAACAUCUACUCAGCGGAAAAGAUAGAAAGUAAUGCUGCAGAAAUGGACAACGUAUCUCUUAGCAUUAAUAGCAAAAGCAGCUCAAAGAUAAAAAAGGAGAAUUACCGAAAUAAUCAGGUUAAUCAUCAUAAAAAUACAGAUAAUGAAGAGAAAACAACUACUUACGGACAAUUUUCAGACUUAAGCAUUAACUACAAGCAAAACGAUGCAAAAUUUGAUGUGGCAUCAAUAGGCGAUACCGAAGAAGAAAGAAAAGUUAUAAUACAAGAGCAGAGAUCAACAAGAACUCUGGGGCCAAGAGACUCUGACAACUUUACGGCAGAAGCAUAUAAAGCUCGUGAAGUUCCUCUCCUGAAAGACAAAUCAUCAAAUAGAAAAAAAUCAGAGGAAGAAGCACUUGCAGAACACACAGAAGGAGCAACAGAAGAAUCUUCUUCAACAUCCAUUACAGAUUCAACUAUUUUUCAUUCCACUACAAACAGCAUCGACAACAAAAAAUCGUUUUCAACACCAGGAGAUUUUAUGGAAGCUGGCUCAGAAAAUGUUACGACAACGAAACACUUACAAAGGCUACCAACGAUCAAGGGACAUCGAAAAGCAGCAUCGAGCAUGAAAAAUACUCCAAGUUGGAGGGAAGAAGAUGAUAAAAAAGACCAUUUGAAAGAAAACUUUCCCAGUCAAGAGAUUAGCAUGAAUGAUGAGGAAAAAAAUGCAUUAACAUCAACAGAAGAUUCAACCACUUUUCAUUGGAGCGCACAAAGCCCACACAACAAAUACUCGUUUUCAACAUCAGACGAACCAAGCUGA